AUGCUCCUCCGCGUCAUCCACCUGAACGUCCACCGCUUCGCCAACGUCGCGGCCGGCUCCUCCACCUCGGCGGCCGGCUCCUCCACCGUCGGCGCGGUGGGCGCUGCUCUCUCGGCUCUCCACCCGGACCUUGUCACGCUGAACGAGGUGGAUGUCGCUCACAUGCCUGGGUGCCUGGAGUCCGUGUCGACCGCACUCUCGCUGCCGUUUGUCGAGUUUUUUGGCCACGUGCGCGGCACCUAUGGGAACGCCAUCCUCUCGCGCUAUCCGCUGUCCCGGCGAAAGGCGGUCCAUCUCGAGGGAGGGACCGAGUUCCGAUUCCCCGCCGGCACCCGCAAGUUCAACGGCGAGAUCGCAAAGGAGAAUGAGGCGCAUCGCAUCGUGCGCGGCCUUCUGAUCACAGACGUGGAGUUGCCUUCUGGCCUUCGGCCGCUCGGUGUGGCGGUGACGCAUCUGGACCACAUGGACGUCGCCCAGCGGAGGACGCAGCUGCGGCACAUCGUGCGAGAGGCCGGCGACGGUGCCCUGCUGCUCAUGGGCGACCUGAACGCGCUGACUCGCUCCGACUACAGCGACGGCGCGUGGCGACGGCUCGAGGAGCGCGCGCGGGAGAGGAAGUGGCAGCUGCCGCAGCACGGCGACCUCUCCAUCCUGCGAGACGCGAAGUUUGAGGACGUCGCCGUCGCCUCCGGGUCGGAGGUGCAGCUGACCGCCCCCGCAAGGGAGCCGCUGUACCGGGUAGACUACGGCUGGCUGCGCGGCGGCGGCGCGCCGGGCACCGCGAAGACCGCGCCGCCGGGCGCCACCAUCACGAUGGAGGCCGCCAGGGUGCACGGCGAGGUGCUCGUCUCGGACCACCUCCCGCUCGUGGUCGACUUGCAGCUGGGGGAGGCCGCGAGCGGCGAGAAUUCAUUCGAUCACAUGCUCAAACUCGAGCUGGUGCCGGCCGCCGGUGACAAGCUCGUGCUCAAGCUCUCUCCUCCGCCGCCGCUUGCUGACAAGCAGGCGUCUCUGGCGGACAACACGGCCGUCGUCGACUCUGACGGAGGUAACGCCGUCGGCAUCCCCUCCGAGCCCGUCUCGCUCAAGGAUGGCAUCGACACCGGCACCGGCGGCACCUGCACCGCCAACACCGGCACUGGCAACGUCCCGUCCGAGGGCGAGCCCGCCGGCUCGCUCGCCGGCGUCCACUUUGCGGGCGUUUCGCUCGACGCCGUGCCCGAGGCGUUCACCGUCGACGAUCCGGCCGGCGCCAAGGCCGUCGGCAUCCCGCCCGAGAGCGAGCCCAGCCCGCUCAAGGACGGCAUUGACGCGGGCGGCGGCAACGUCGCGGGCGAGUCUUCGCCGAUGAAGUCCUUCGCGAAGGUCGGAGUCAUCUCCGAGUCGGUGUCGCCUUCGCUCCUCGGAGCGAAGGCGUGCGGUGUCAAGGACACCCCCGUGGCAAAGUCUGGCACGGAGGACGUCCUCAAGAAGGACCCGGCCGCGGAAAAGGCGCCCGACGCGGGCGCGGUCGACUCGGACAAGGCCAAGGCCAUGUUCGCCACCCACGCGCCGCGCCUGCCCGCCGUUUUCUGGUCCAAGUUUACGCGCCCGACCGGCCCACCGACGGCCCCCACCGGCGCCGUCAAGGGCGCCCUCAAGAAGGACAUCCCUGCGGCAACGUCUGGCGCGGAGGCCUGCGUUGACGAGACCGGCGCCAUCAAGAACCCGGCGCUCAAGCCGGCCACCGAGGGCGACGCCGACUGGAAGGAGUUUCCAGAGGAGACGGCCGCCCCGGCGGUCAUCGACGGGUGGAAGACCCCCUCCCCGCUCCGCAAGAUCGAGCGCAAGGAGUCUCCGCUAGCGGAGAAGCUCGCCCCGGCGGGCAUCCCCGACAGGGCCACCCCGUCGAACCCGCGCCGCAAGAAGGGGCGCAAGGGCGCGUCCGCCCCGAUCGUCCGCACCAAGAGCAUCGCCCCGGUCGGCGGCAACAACCGGUUCGGGGCCCUGCUCAAAAUGGACGGCAACGAGGGCAUCCUCGGCGGCACCGGCAAGGGCGCGACGGCCAACGUCGAGACGACCACGAAUACCACGCCUGAGGGCUCUGCCGCCGGCCGGUUCCCGUGGUCAAAGUCCUACAACUUGCUCCGCCUCUUUGGGAUCCUCGCGCUGAUCUGCCUCGGAACCGCGUUUGCGCUCUCCUCGUACCCUGCCCCCUCCGCGCUUCUCUCCUCGCAGUGGCACGAGUCCCCGACUUCCUUUCCCGCAGUCACAACGCCGAUCGCGCCGGCAUCGCUUAACGGCUUCUGCGAGGUUGGCGGCAUCGACACCAGCUCGUUUGUGGCCAUCGUAUCGUCGGACAGCGCGCCCGCCAACCACCCGGUGCGUGCUCGCUCGCGCGUGCUAGUAUCCGCGCCGCGCAAGCUCGUGACUAACAGCCCGCGCGCCGUUCAGGGCGGACGCGACGAGGAGCGCUUCUGGGAAGCACUGAUGGACAAGAUCGGCGAGGCGGUGGGCGAGCCGUUGCACCUAAUUGGCGAGCCGCUGGCGUCCGUCAAGGACCUUUACGAGAAGCAGCCGGCCGAGGCCGACUUGGAGACCGGCCCGGCCUCGCGCAACAGCAUGGAGCGCAAGGGCGAGCCUGAGAUCGACCUCGUCGGUCCCGUCUACAGCAGCAGAUCGGGGAUCAUCGCUCGGGGACGCGACACCGUCUUGCCCGUGAACGACACGUCGCCCGAGUUGCGGCCCGCCGACGCUGGGAAGCCUGGGAUGCUGGAGGUGCGGAAGCUGGUCGAGACUGGCCUCGGCGCGCCCGUCGCUAGCAUGCACGCCGGCGGCGAGUGGCGGGCGAACGACGGAUUGACGGACGCUUCUCGAGUCCCAACCAAGGACCUCUUCCUCCAGCGUUGCCGGGCCGUCAACCCUCGUCUCACGGCCACGCUGGGGGAGCCAGCGUGGCCUGAAGAGGUCCGCACCGUCGCCGACUCGAACGCGGUCGAGUCAGAUAUCUUCUCGGUCCCAAGUGUGUGCGCCGACUGGCAGCCACGCGGCGCUGCCCGUGCGUGGCACGCGAAGCCUCGCCACGCGCUCACCGACGAGCGCUCCAAGACCGACAAGCCGCCCGCGGACCCACCGGCCGACGAGCUCUCCAUUGACCUACCCUCCCCGUUCCACUUUCCCUUCACGAGCGGAACCUCCUCUUCCGCGCCUGGCCGCGCCCGGCAGCGCGGUCAGCUUUUGGCCGCCUUGUUUUUGCUGCUUGGAGCGUGCGGCGGCGUGCUGCUCUCAGUGCGGCGGAGCACCUCUGGGCGCCUCGCGCAGGGAUCAAGGCGCGGCGCGAGGCUGCUUCUUCUCGUCGCGCUGCUCCCGCUGGCAUGUGCACCAUCAGACCACACGUCUGGCUCAAUCGACUUGCAGGUCACUGUGGGUGGCGGCAGCUACCCGUCCGAGGUGUCGUGGGACCUGACGUGCAGCGGCGCGUUGAUCGGCAGUGGAGGGGCCCCCUACUCUGGCACCCUGUCCGCGCCGCCCGGCGAGUGUACGCUCGACAUGAACGACUCGUACGGCGACGGCUGGAACGGCGACUUGUGGAAGGGUGCGGGCUAUACGUUCACGCUCGACUCCGGAUCCUACGGCAACGAGACGUUCAUCCUCGCCCUCCUCCCUCCGUCGUCUCCGCCGUUUCCGCUUUUGCCGCCGCUCUCCCCGGACUUUGUCGCCGCGUCGAGCGAGGCUAAGCUCCGCUCCCUGAUCCAGAGCGCUAGCGACGACGUCUCAAUCUACUUGCCGCCCAGUGCAGACUUCAAGCUGAGCAGCCAGAUCAGCUGCGACGGCGGCGUCGUCUACGCGUCUAGCAGCGGUGCGGUCUCGAUCAUCGACUCAGAUGUGUCGGGCUGCUCGGCUACUGGCGAUUACGGGGUGGGCGGCGUCGUCCACGCGGCGGACAGCGGUGCGGUCUCGAUAAUCGGCUCGACCGUGUCGGGCUGCUCGGCUGUCGAGUCCGGCGGCGUCGUCUACGCGUAUGACAGCGGUGUGGUCUCGAUAAUCGGCUCGACCCUCGUCAACGGGAGGGCGGACUUCGGCGGCGUUGUGUACGCUUACCAGGCAGGCGACGUCGAGAUCAUCGGCUCGGCCGUGACGGGCUGCUCUGCUCGGUACGGCGGCGUCGUCUACGCGCGGGACAGCGGUGCGGUCUCGAUAAUCAGCUCGACCUUGACGAGCUGCUCUGCUGUCGAUUUCGGCGGCGUCGUCUACGCGUAUGAAAACAGCGGUGCGGUCUCGAUAAGCGGCUCGAACGUGUCGGGCUGCUCUGCUGGCUGGGACGGCGGCGUUGUCCACGCGCCUGGCAGCGGUGCGGUCUCGAUAAGCGGCUCGACCGUGACGGGCUGCUCGGCUGGCGAGCGUGGCGGCGUCGUCUACGCGCUUAGCAGCGAUUCCCUCUCCAUCGCGGGUAUCGACUUCAUCGACAACAGAGCGGCGAUCUCAGGCUCGGUGCUGUACCUUUCAAACACGCCCUCCUCGAUCAGCGCCGCCUCCUUCACCGGCAACACCGCUGGCGACGACAACGACGGUGGCACGAUACAGGCCAUCAACUCGCCGAUAAACUGGGACUGCCGCUUGGGCAGCUGGAUGCCGCGCAAGGGCUCCUUUUUUGGCGACUUCAGCGCGGGCCAGGCGCGGUGUGUCGGCAAUGUUGAUCCGGGAGAGGCUAGCGGUCGGAGGGUGCAGGAGGCCGGCUUGGACUACUGCGCAGACGCCUUCGCCGGCCCCGAGUGCCAGCUCUGCCGCGAGCCGAACCACUACCUGGACGCCGACGGCGCCGCCUGCAACGAGUGCGUCGCUGUCGGCACGGCGGCGGGGCGCAUGGCGGGCACCGCCCUCGGCCUCUGCGUCGCGUUUGGCCUCGUGGCGUUGGCGUACUCAGUUCAGCGCGGGCAAACCGAGUGGAGGAAGGAGCGCUUCAUCGGACUUCCCUUGCGCAUCGCCGACCGCACCGGUGACGCGAUUUACAAAAUCGGCCUCAUCCCCAAGUUCAAGAUCUUGUUUGGCUUCUACCAGGUCUGCCUCGUCCUCUCCACCACCUACUCGGCGCGGCUGCCGGAACGGUACACGGGCUGGACGGAGGCGCUGGCCGAAGCCGUCUUCAUCGACUGGUCGGGCAUCGUGCUGCCGGUGCAGUGCCUGCCGCACAAGUCCCGGCUCGUCGCCGUCGCGAUCUCUCCCAUCGGCGUCAUCGCGCUGCUCCUCUUUGCUGGCAUUGUCUUGCGGCUCUGUGCACGCUGGCGGCGUGCUCGGCGAGGGGCUGGCUGCGAGAGCGGCUCCGAGGUCGACGGCGCGACAAGCAACGUUCUCGGUGGCGAAGCACAGCUGCAGGAGCCACCAUCGUCUUCAGCUGCGGAGCCACCGACGGCGCUGGCCGAAACUGACGAUGCGGCGGUCUUUUCAUGGCCUGCAGAGGUGGCGCUCGGCCUCCUCGACCUCACGCGGGGGGGUUUGGUGCUCAUCUUUCUUUUGGGGCCGUCUGUGAGCGCCACGAUCUUGCGCGGGUGGUCGUGCCAGGGCUACACCACCUCUGCGCCGGGCGAGACGCUCGCUCUGGUCGAGUACAUGCGGCAGGACGCGAGCGUCGAGUGCGGCACCGACGAGCACGACUCCAUCACGAGACUCGCCAUUGGCUUCGUCGUCAUCUGGCCGGUCGGCUCGCUAGUCCUCUACUCGGCCCUUCUUCUCGCAUGCUACAAGCCGCUGCAGGCCAAGUCGCCGAACGCGCUGACGAAGGCCACCGCCUUCCUUCACCGGGAGUACAAAAGGAACUGGUACUGGUGGGAGGCGGCCGAUCUGGCGCGCAAGCUCUUUCUGACGGGCUUCGUGCUGCUGGUUGCCGAGGAGGAGGACUCCUUUGUUCGUCUCGUCGUGGCGGUGCUCGUGUGUUCGUGCUACGCCGUCGCGAUCGCCCUGGUCCAGCCCUACAAGCGGUUCGAGGACAACAUCCUCGCCGUGGCCACCAGCCUCGUCCUCCUCCUCCUCUUCCUCGGUGCCAGCUGGACCACCAUCUUCCUCAACAUCGAGUUGCGAUUCCCCGGGGACGAGCCGGGGCAGUCGGCCUCCGCCGUCCUCGGCUUCAGGUCUGAGAAUGGACUGGUGAACUGGAUGCUCGUCCUUGCUGCGGCUGCGCUCCUGAUCUUCCUCGUGGGUACCAUCAUCGCCAUCCGCCGCCUUGCCAAGGUCCCCACGAUUCGCCUCGUCUUAACCAAGCAGCCCCCCGAGCUGGCUCUGGUGGACGGCCUCACGUGGCACCUCUUCCUCUCGCACAUCUGGUCCACCGGCCAAGACGCAGUCGCGGUCAUCAAGAAUGAGCUUAAGCUCUUGAUCCCCGGCAUCAAGAUCUUCCUCGAUGUGGACGAUUUGAAGGACAUCGGGUCGCUGGAGAAUUACGUUGACCGCACGCAGGAGUUGCGAGCACAGUGCCCGGAGGUCCUCCAGCCGGAGAUCUUUGACAGGGGGUGGGCGCAGACGACGUGGCACCGCAUCGACGAGUAUCAGCGUGUCUCGCUUAAGAUCAUCUCCGAGGCGCUCCUCCUCUGCUCGCCACACUACCUGAACCUGACCUCCCUCCCGCUCUUCAUCCCGGGCGAGGUGUCGCUCGUGCUGCUGGCCAAGGCUCUGGGCGCAACCCCGGUGAGCGCUCGCUCGAGCAUCCGCGACUCGCUUUCGAAUAUCGGGCGCUUCACUACCGCGCCUCGCGGCUCGACGACGUCCGACCCAGUCGUUACCGAGGAGGAUUCGCAGCUGGAGCAGCUGCCAGAGGUGGAGCAGGUGUAG